AAUUACUCAUUUAAUUAAAAUUAAUAUUCCAUUAUAAUUUCCGUUUCAAUGACACCACGGCGGUACUUCGUGGGUGAUACCGAUUUAUUUAUUAUUUAUUGUUAUGGCAACUUCUUUCCCUCUUUUCCGGCUCUUUGUGUCAAAGAACCCUUUAAAAUGAAGCAGAUCGUUGCUAAUCAAAAAGUGAAGAUCCCUGAUGGAUUAACAGUUCAUGUGAAAUCGCGGUUGGUGACAGUGAAAGGGCCGCGCGGUGUUUUGAAAAGAAAUUUCAAACACUUGGCUGUAGAUAUUCGCAUGGUGAACCCACGACUCUUGAAAGUAGAAAAAUGGUUUGGUUCCAAGAAGGAAUUGGCUGCUGUCAGGACAGUUUGCUCUCAUGUUGAAAAUAUGAUCAAGGGUGUAACCAAGGGUUUCCAAUAUAAGAUGCGUGCUGUAUAUGCCCAUUUCCCCAUCAACUGUGUCACUACUGAAGGAAAUUCUGUAAUAGAAAUCCGUAACUUCCUCGGUGAGAAAUACAUUAGGAGAGUAAAAAUGGCACCUGGUGUGACUGUUGUCAACUCUCCCAAACAAAAAGAUGAGUUGAUUAUUGAAGGAAACUCAUUGGAAGAUGUCUCCAGUUCAGCAGCUCUUAUUCAACAGUCAACCACAGUAAAAAAUAAGGAUAUCCGAAAAUUCUUGGACGGUCUUUAUGUUUCUGAGAAGACUACUGUUGUAUUGGAUGAAAUAUAAGGACAGUUUGUGAAAUUUUAAAAUUUGUUUUAUUUCAUUAACAUGGUCAAAUUUAUCCAUACUAUUUGUUCUGGAAAUACAACAACAGAUUCUUUGGGGAACUGUAUUGUAAUAAUUUCGAAAUCUUUGCAAGUUAUAAUUUAAUCCCCU